ACGGCUGCCGCUGGGGGCGAGGUGGCACACCGUGGUGGGGCACCGGAUCAUCAAACAGAACAGUCUCUCGUGGGGCAUCGAUCAAGUACAAACAAUACUAAAAAAAUGCCGGAUAAAGAAAGCACUCUGAAAACCAUCCUCGGGAUGGGCGAAAUGGCCAGAGCCCGUGAUCUCGGUAAAGCAGUAGUGGCCGAAGCCAUCGGUACACUCUUUAUAACUUACUUCGGCUGCAUGUCCUGCCUAAACAUUCAAGAAAACCCAGGGACGACCGACCUGGUCCUUAUAUCCCUGGCUUUCGGAUUCGUCGUCGCUGUGUCCGUUCAGGUUUUAGGUCACGUUUCCGGGGCGAAUCUGAACCCUGCUGUCACAUGCGGCCUGCUCAUUACAGGCAGGGUCACGGUAGUACGCGCAUUGCUGUACAUACUUGCCCAAUGUGUCGGGGCAGUUGCCGGAGCUGCUAUACUUAAGGGCUUCACACCAGAUAGUUUCAGAGCAACUCUUGGCACAACAGCUUUGGGUAAGGACAUGACGGCACAGCAAGGUCUCGGGGUUGAGUUCAUGCUCGGUUUCCUCCUCGUCUUGACUGUUUUCGGAGUCAUCGAUCCCCAUAAGCCCGACUGUAAAUUCACAGCACCUCUGGCUAUCGGACUUGCUGUAGCCGUCGGUCACCUUUCUUCAAUUGAUUAUACAGGAUCGAGCAUGAAUCCUGCAAGGAGUUUGGGGUCAGCAGUUCUAUCAGGCAACUGGGAUGAUCACUGGGUUUACUGGCUCGGCCCCAUUCUUGGGGGUGUCGUCGCGGCUGUCCUGUACGCCACACUUUUCGCUGCUUCACCACCCAGCGAGUACGCCCCAGUGGCCGGUGGUCAGGCCACAGAGUUGAAAGGACUGGAUAAACGGAACGACGGGAACGCCUGAUCGAUACCCGGAGGCCGUCUGGCUUCCGGGGGCCUGUCGCUCUUUUCUCCGAGAGUCUCCACAUUGCCUGUACUACAAUGACCUCCGGCUCGCUCUCAACCGGGAGUCUCCACGCCCUGGAUCUGGGAUUAGACAAAGCUUACUCAAAAAGAACCUCCACACAAGAAAUCAGACGAAAAAGGAAACCAUCCAAAGAAAACUAUUCGGACAAUUAUACGAUCUCAUCCAACACUGCCGGUCUAUAUUUCGAAAAUAUUAACUGUUGUCAGCAUACAAUAAAAAAAAUAUGCUAAAGACUAAUAUAAACGCCGAACAUUAAAAAAAUGGCAAUUGUAAAUAAUCAGCAAAAUAAUCUAAAUAUUUAUAAAAUAAGUCUGUGUUUUAAAAAACCCAACAUAAAUUUAGACAAAUUUUAAAAAGUUUUAUCUAAUAUGUUUUGUUCUAUACAAUUUGAUAUUAACCACUGUAUAUACUAGCCAAUAUAUUUACCAUAAAAACUCAUUGCUUUUGUCCAAUUUCUGAACCACAAUUCUUAGUUUAGUUUUUGCUUAUUACACUCACAAAUUUACAAAACUAUGACACUUCAUAUAUCAAGGCUGGUUAAUCUUCGACAAUAGUAUAUCCUAGCUUUUUAAUACUAUUGAUAAGUUAUUUUUGUACAAAAUCUAAAUAAAAUCGAUUAAAUUAUAAAUGUAAAAAA